AGGUUGUGGCUUCCGGUAUAAAAAGCUAUCACCAAUAUACAUCGAGGAGAGGGUGCUGUUGAGUUCUGGUGCUUUUCAUCUGUGAACCUAUUGUUGCAAGAGAAAAUACAGAAGCAAGGUUCGCUUGACACACCUGGGAUUUUAUAAACAGCCACAGUUAAUGAAUAUUGCUCUGCCUUUCUAAAAAAAAAACAGUCUUUUGGAAUGUAUAAAUCCUGAAAGGGAAGACAGUAAUUUUUACAGUAAAUAAUAAAACAAGUCAUCCCAGGGGUUUUUAUUUCAUGGGGAUGUGUUCAAGGCAAGAGAGAAUUCAAAAAGACGUCGACAUCGUGAUCCAAAGGUGCAAGGCAGAGAAAGACUGCCUGUUUUCUGAUUUCCGAUACUCGGACUCCACCUUUACGUUCACAUACUCAAGGGGCUCUAAAAGGGUGUCCUACUCAGUGCACGUAUCUGAAGAUUAUCCAGAUAACACAUAUUUGUCUAAUUCUGAGAAUGAUGACGAUGUACUAGUUACAAGAGAUCCUAUCCCAGUUAUUUUCCACAGAAUAACAACAGAAAUUAGAAUAAGCAAUGAUGCCACCAGCUGCCUAUCCAUCAAACUGAAGCAGAAUGAUAGGACCCAGUGCCAUAAUGCCAUAGAGGAAGAUUCUGAAGGGGACAAUGACUCAGAAGAAUUUUAUUACGGUGGUCAGGUUAACUAUGAUGGAGAACUCCACAAGCAUCCACAGCUUGAGGCUGAUUUAGCAGCAGUGAGAGAAAUAUAUGGACCUCAUGCAGUAUCUCUCAGGGAAUAUGGUGCAAUUGACGAUGUUGACAUUGAUUUGCAUAUUGAUGUCAGUUUCCUAGAUGAAGAAAUUGCUCUUGCCUGGGAUGUAAUCAGGAAAGAGCCUGUGAUAGUACGGUUACAUUGUUCACUCACCCAGUAUUUGAAUGGCCCAGUUCCGACAGUUGAUGUAUUCCAGGUCUCUACAAAGGAGAGGUUUGGACUCGGACAUCAGUUGAAAAAGAUAAUGCAGACAUUUGUCACUCAGCAAUGGAAGCAUCAAAGUAAAGAAAAGAUAAAUUGCCCACAUAGCAAAAAACAGACAGAUAAGAAAGUGAAGUCUCCUCUGCACAUCUUUUCAACUCUGCGCAGAUCACCAAGCUAUCCUCCGCCUGGAUGUGGAAAGAGUAAAACAAAAUUGAAGGCAGAACAAGAUGGAGUGUCAAAGUCUCAUAAACUGUUGCGCAGGACUUGUUCAAGUACAGUUAAGGCAGAAGAUGGAAUUGCUAACAAGUCCCAUAAACCUCUGGGGCGCUCUUUGUCAAGUGACCCAAGGGCUGAGCAGACAGUGGCCUUGAAACCCCACAAACUCCUGAACCGGCCCUGUUCUGCCUCUUUGAAGCAGGAUGAUUGUGCCUCUUUGAAGCCUCAUAAACUUCUACCAAGAUCAUGUUCAGGGGAUCCCAGAUGUGAGCACAACAGCAACCUUAAGCCCCACAAGCUCCUGAGCAGAUCUUGCUCAAGCACUAUUCGGACAGAGGAACUGGACGGACUUAAGCACCACAAGUUGUUAAGCCGGUCCUACUCCAGCAACACCAAAAUGGGCAAAACCGAGCUCUUCAAGGAGCCUGUUUCUGAGGGCAGGCGACUCUCUCUUACCUCAGGGCUUAUUGGCAUGCUAGCGCCAUCUUUGUCCUCUCAGCCAACUCCAAACUGUGGAGCAAAGUCAAUCCCAGUGAGAGAUCGAGGCUUUCUUGUUCAGACCAUGGAAUAUGCUGAACAGAGAAUACCAGUACUUAAUGAAUAUUGUGUGGUAUGUGAUGAACCACAUGUGUUCCAGAAUGGACCAAUGUUGAGACCCACAGUAUGUGAGCGAGAGCUGUGUGUGUUUGCUUUCCAAACACUGGGAGUAAUGAAUGAAGCUGCGGAUGAAAUUGCUACCGGAGCCCAGGUUGUUGAUUUGUUGGUCUCCAUGUGUCGAUCAGCCCUGGAAUCCCCAAGGAAAGUUGUGAUUUUCGAGCCAUAUCCUUCAGUGGUUGAUCCUAAUGAUUCUAAGACACUGGCCUUCAACCCACGGAAGAAGGACUAUGAUCGAGUGAUGAGAGCCCUUGAUAGCCUUACAUCAAUCAGAGAGAUGACACAGGCACCAUAUUUGGAAAUAAAGAAACAGAUGGAUAAACAUGAUCCAUUGGCUCACCCCCUUCUACAAUGGGUGAUAUCCAGUAACAGGUCUCACAUAGUCAAGCUACCAGUACCCAGACAACUGAAGUUCAUGCACACCCCUCACCAGUUCCUUCUGCUCAGCAGUCCGCCGGCCAAAGAAUCCAAUUUCAGAGCUGCCAAAAAACUCUUCGGGAGUACCUUCGCAUUUCAUGGUUCACACAUAGAGAACUGGCACUCCAUACUGAGGAAUGGUUUAGUAGUUGCAUCAAACACAAGACUACAGCUUCAUGGAGCCAUCUAUGGAAGUGGAAUCUAUCUCAGCCCAUUGUCAAGCAUUUCCUUCGGUUACUCAGGGAUGAACAAAAAGCAGCAGAAAGUGACUUCUAAGGAUGAUGCUGCAUCAAACAGUAAGGCCAAUGUGAAUGGACAGUCACAGAAAAAGGGACAGCAUCCACAGUUUUUGCAAAGCCGUAAUUUGAAGUGCAUAGCCUUAUGUGAAGUUAUUACUUCUCCUGAUCUGCACAAGCAUGGCGAUAUCUGGGUAGUUCCAAACACAGAUCAUGUCUGUACCAGAUUUUUCUUUGUAUAUGAAGAUGGGCAAGUUGGUGAUUCAAGCAUCAACACGCAGGACCUCAGUAUCCAUAGGGAGAUACUUCGAGUCAUAGGCAAUCAAACUGCAACGGGAUAGAGAAUCAUGAUGAAUUUGCUGCCUGAAAAACACUUUCUUCAGUUUCAAAGCUGGAUUUUGAUCUGAAAAAGUGAAUUUAUCUAAUUUGUAACACAUGAAACACUCUUAUCAAACAUUUGUAUGUUUGAAAUCUAAAAUAAGAGCUACACUGUUUAUACCCCUAGUACUUUAACAAUGUCAUUUAUGUGAAUGUGACUUAAGAAGAUAGUACGAUUUUGAAUAAGAAGUUUAUAAACUAUAGAAACUAAGAAAUUCAUAGCCAUUCAGGAAUUUACAGUUUGAGUAACAAUCUACUUACUAUUUUUAGCAAAAAUUGAAAUUGGUAAUACACUUUCUUUCACCAUUUUGAACCUUCUAGUUGUUUGGCCUGUUUGGGAAAUGUUCCCUUCUUCCUGUGAAAUACAAUUCCAAAAAACAGACCUUCCUGUUUUAUUCAUGAGAGAGUUUUUUUUAAUUGCAAUCCACUUGUCAUCAAUUUGAAGGCAUUAAUAUGCACUUUAAUUGAAUUUUGUGUAUAACAUAAUAAAUGUUAAAUGAAAUGCUGUGUAAAUGCUUUUAUCCCCCACAUGUUGCUUUUUAAUAAUGAAAGAUCCUUAAUUUGGCAUUUUACUCUUAACAGUAUAUAAUGUUUGUGGAUCCUUUGAAUCAAAGAAUGUAAAAUCCAACCAAAAUUCUGAGUGACAACAGAAAAUGCUGAUGAGAUACUAGAAAGGUUUUUGUCACAAAGUGGUAUGGAAGUUAAGUGUAUUCACCAUUCACCUUUGGGAUCUGGCUCUGGUGUUGUAAGAUAAUGCUGGUGAUAUAAAUGUUUUUGGUACUCAUGAUCUGAGGUCUCACCCUACCUCUUUGAUUUCCUUCACAUGUGCGUAAAGAAAUAAGACCAAGAAUUAAUGGUUGCUGCUUUGUAUUCCAGGAGCAGCUGGUGUACAGAAACUGGUCAGCGAAUCAGUUCUUCCUUUGCUGCUUGAUACUUAACUUUUGUCAGAUUUUUCCCUUUUCAAAUGGGAAACAACAAGGAAGAAUGCACACUGUUGAAGAGCUCUCUGAACUUAUUAUGAUUUGAAUUCUCUAGAAGUGUACAGUACAUUUUCAGUUAUCUCUUAAAGGUUGGCACCCAAGUACUGUUUUUAGUAAUACAGUUAAUAUUGGAUGACGUUUCCAUUUUUAAAUAGUAAAUACAUGUAGAAUUGUCCUCUUAGAUUUUUGGCAUUUGUCUGUUUGUGCUGUUCUAUAAAAUAUUAGUUCAUGAAUGAGUCCAUGCCCAAUCCAGAAAGAACAUUUUUGUUUGCCAUUUGUGAAGUGGAAUAAUAUGCCUAGUUGACACUACAAAUACAAAGCCACUUUAAGAAAAUAUAGUUACCACAGUCUCAUUAAUGGGGAAGAUAUCAACUUAUGUUUCUUAGAACAGGCAUCUUUGAAAAGUGUACACAUUUACAAUUAUUUUACUUUUUUUAUUCUCUAACAGUUAAGUCUUGCUGUUUUAUUGGUGUCUCCUAUGGAUGUCCAUAUUUCAACAUAACUUUACGGGUCUCACUUGUAUUGGGAAAUUCACAUUUCGACUAUGAGUUUUAGGCACAGGCUUUCCUUUUAUUUGAAAACAUUACUUGUUUCAUGGUCACUGACUGAAUUUAAAUACAUCUGAUAUCUGUAAUUGUUCCUGUUUUUCAUGUUAAUGUUAUUUUAAACAGACUUCAGAACACAGAACUAGUUUUUGUAAGAGAUGUUAAAGGUUUUUUUAGAUUAAGCAAUUAAGCAAUAAACUUAAAAGUAUAUUCAAAAUUAAUAUAUUUGGGGGAGAUAAAAGUAAUAUAUGUAUAUUUGCUUGUUACCCAAGUUUGUCAAGUUUACUUUGUCCCCAGCAUUAAAAAUGACAAAAAUGAUAGUACAGAAUUUUCUGCACUGAUGUAAAAAUCUCCAAAUCUUUAAGUCUCAGAAUAUUUGGACUUCAGACACUUUGGAAUUCUUUAUUUAAUUAAUAGUUACAUUGAAUUAAUCUUAGAUUCAGAGUUUAUUCAGAAAGCCUUCUUUGUUUGAGUAUACAAACUAAGGCUGUUUAAAAAUAACAAAUACAACUGUAAAUUGGAAAAUUUAAAACAGUAAUGUGCAAGGAGGAAUAUCCUGUUGCUAUUUUGUUUUCAUGUUUGUGACAUUGAUGUAUCGGUUACAGGCAUUGUUCUGUAUUAUUUCUGGAAAUAAAAUGUGUAGCUUUACUUGAAAACAUUUUAUGUUCAUUCCCUAACACAUAAAUGUUUAUUAGUGAUAUGUAAAUCAGGAGGAGUAAAUUCAAGAGUUUGAAAUUGUACUAGGUUCAUCAAUUAGUGUUUAAUAUGUUAACUGCUUUCUCCAAUUUUGCCAUGACUGUUAUGUUUUAUUACUACUAUACAAUGUUUUUAAUAAUUACAUAUUAAAAAAAAAUCAAAUUAUGUUAGAAAGAAAGUAACAACAUUGCAGUUUAAUUAUCACUGAAAGGUCAGUUUUUGCUUCUAUUUAUUAUUAAUAUUUUGAUGCAAAUUACAUAUUUCGGUCACAUUGGACUUCAUCAUCCAAUUUCACCUGGCACGUCUUGCUGUAGACUCUGUUUAGUUUGUUAUAUUCUAAAAAGCAUUAUUUGUUUAAUCACCAAACACUAUAGAGAUAUAGCAUACUAGUUACAUUUUCUUGUAGGAAAUAAAUUCUUAGUGGGUUUUCCUCAAUGUGUGAAGUUUUCAUCAUACUACAGAUUCCUUGACUUUACAAGCUAGUGCACUUGACAACACCUGAUCAUAUUUUAAUGCAUACGAUUUUAAAAUAAAAACAUUUUGUAAUUUAGUCCUGUCAAACUGCAAAGGUUUUAUUUGAUAAUAUGGACACGUUAAACUAUUUUAAUGUACAUACAGAUAGGUUUUAAAGCUAAUCUGGCUUCUGUUAAAUGGAAAAUGGAAUAAAAAAUGUUAACAGCUAAUCUGUACCUGAAAUGUAUUGACUUAGUACUUAAAGGAAAAUAAGGCAAAGCUUGAAUGAGAGGGAGUUAUCAGUGAUUUUUUUGUGCACUCAUCUGGACCCCGUUUCUUUUAUGUGCCUUUUUCCAUCUACUUUCAGUGUGGUGUAAUAGUAUCUUCUUUAUGUAUCAGAUCUCUUUAUAUAAGAAAAAUCUGCACUAAAAAGUAUUACAUCUACCAGUGACACCAAAACUACAGACUCAUAUAUAUUGAUUACCAACAUGAAAGUAUCACAUUAACAUUAUCAUAAGCAAAUUGGAACAAUAUUGCUUUUAUUCAGUUUUCAUGGAAUUAUGAUGAAUGGUUUUUACUUUAUUUUCUUUUGUAUUUUCUGCACAAUAUAUCGAAAAUAUUCUGCUACUUAGCCUUUCGUGCCUUAGAAACAGAGUAAUGGCAAAUUUGACAGUACUGUAUAUAAUGUAAAUACUGCCACAAAAAAAUACGGAGGCCAAAUAUUUUCUGUAUUGUUUUUACAGCUUUUUUUCUUUUGCAAAUGAAUCAGCUUUUCUGGCUUUUUACUAGUGAUGGAAAUAGUAGCUUAUGUAUGUUUACUUUCAAUAAACUCGAUUUGUUUAAAAACA